AUGCUCAGACUAGGUCUUAGAACCUGCCGGAUCCCCCGGUCUCGAGGCCCAAUUCCGAAAGCCUUUCUCCAACUUUCGGUAAGGCCUUAUUCCAAAACGCCAUUUCCUGUGGACUACAAAAAGGUACAGGAAGAAAGAGCCAAACAGAAGUUACCCAAGUACAAGCAGUGGGCUCUCUAUUUCCAGACAAAUGAGUUCAAAAGAUCGAUGACUAAGUACUACGUCCUGAUGUUUGGUGUCAUGCUUGUGGCCAUGUACUACUAUAUGAGAGACAGGUGGUACGAGGAUCAGCAGAUUAAGCACAUCAGAGCCAAGUACGCUGAGGACCCGGCUUCUCUUAGUGAGUACGAGUACUUGAAGCUCAAAAAGCUCACUGGAGAUAAGUUGAAACCUCGUGAAGAAAAGAAGUUCAAAUUGUACCUGAUGAUGAGAAAAGAGUUCAGGAGAAAGAAUAUUUUUGAUACCAAUGCGAUGUUCGAGCCCACGCCUGCUGAGUUAGACGAGUGGUACUCGAAACAAGCUAAAAAAACGACUAAGACGGCUAUUCCCGAGGAAGACGAGGAAAGAACAAAGAUCUCUAAUUCGUCCAAUCCCGGUAUUGUACCUCCACAAGACACCACUGAGUUUUUCGAUGAAAAGGCCGAGGAGUAUGACAGACAGAUCAAGUGGGAAGAAAGAGGUGUGAUGAUGGGCAGAAGAAGAAAAUGGUUGAUGCAGCAGAUCGAAGGUGACGUUCUCGAAGUCUCAUGCGGAACUGGCAGAAACAUUCCUUACCUCAAUUUGGAGUCCAUAGAUUCCAUCACCUUCACAGACUCGUCGAAAAAGAUGGUGGAAGAGACAGAAAAGAAAUUCAAAAAGGCGUUCCCUGGAUUCAAGAAAGUGGCCUUCGUUACAGGAAAAGCCGAGGAGUUGGCCGGUUUGGCAGAAUCUAACAACGUGAGAUAUGAUACCGUCGUGGAAGCCUUUGGAUUGUGUGCCCACGAAGACCCCAUUGCAGCUCUCAAAAAUAUGGCCAAGCUUUUACGCCCUGGCGGCAGAAUCGUUCUUCUUGAACACGGUAGAGGAAACUGGGAUAUGUUGAACAAUCAUUUGGACUUCCGUGCCGAGAAGAGAAUGAAGACUUGGGGCUGCCGCUGGAACCUAGACAUUGGCGAACUUAUCGAUGAUGCUGGCUUGGACAUCACAUACGAGAAAAGAGUCCACCUCGGAUCAACCUGGAUGUUGGUGUGUAAGAAGCCCGAGGACAAGCUCCGUACCGACGAAAAGCCGUUCAUCAAUAAAUUGAUGGGCACAGAUGCCCCAAAGGUGAAGAAAGAUUGA